AAACUUGUUCAGAAGGUAAACCAUGAUGACGUCAUUUUCUAAACAGUCAUGUGACGUAUGUAUGCCGAGGAAAGAAGAUGGUUUGCUGCUGUAGGCCUAAAACAAGAACUACAAAGGCUGAAGAAGAUGAAGAAUUACCCGAGUUAGAUGACGGACCAAUCGUUGACAGGCAAUGCCGUGACGUCAUUUUUCUCAUCAUCUUUGUCCUGUAUAUUGGUGGCAUGGGUUAUGUUGCGUACCGCGGGAUUUCUCAGGGAGACCCCUACCGUCUGAUUUACGGCGUGGAUAGUUGGGGUAAUAUCUGCGACAAAGAAAACGCGCCAAUUCCCGGAGUUUCUUUGUCAGGCAGGAACAUGGUGGGGAAAAUGAGGACCUUGCACCUUGACCCUAACUACUACAUGACCUUACUGACCACACACUUUGUUCCGUCGAUAAGUAACGAUCCUGACAUUGUCAUCUGUUUGUCCUUCUGUCCAAACGAGACGCUAGGGUCGGCAUCAGACGCGGACGCAUACAUGACGCGUACCAACAUCAGCCUGUGUCGCUAUGACACCGCGUCUUACGUCAGCGAUAACGAUGUUUGUCUCACUCCAGUCUCGCCACAUACUAGUGUGUUUUACCGUUGUAUUCCCGAUAAUGUGGUGACCAUGAUCAAAGGAAUGUCCGGGUCUUUUACAUCUCUGCUUAACGGCAUCUCCGGGGGGAGUUUCACUCAGAAAGUCAUCUCUGAUCUGAAAAACACUUGGGUAGAAAUGUUGUAUCUUGCUGCAACAGCUUUUGGGACUUCUAUUCUGGUGGUGGUCUUAAUGUGGCUUCUAGCGGCUGUCAUCAUCUGGAUGCUCGUGUUCACCGUCAUUAUCUUCUCUAUAGGAGCCACCGGAUAUUGCUGGUACUACUGGUAUCACUUUGAUAAGAGAUACAAGGGUCUUAGUGCAACAGAACAAACAGAAGCUGAAAAAGAGAAAACACAGACUUGGCUUAUCUAUGCUGCAGUCGGCAGUGGAGUUACGUUGAUACUGCUGCUUGUGUUGCUCAUCAUGAGAAAGAGAAUACAGCUGGUAGUGCAGCUAUUCAAAGAAGCGGGGAAGGCAUUGAAAUGUGUGCCCUGUCUGCUACUUCAACCCGUCUGGACGCUGCUGAUACUGAUUGGGACUGUGGUGGCGCUAGCUGUGAUAGCGGUGUAUAUUGAGACUUCUGGACUACCUGUAGUCAACAACCAAACCCAGACAGUGACUUACGAGAUGGAGGGGGCUUGGCAGUAUGUGCGAUGGUACCAGAUCUUUGGCCUUUUGUGGAUCACUGCUUUCAUUAUUGCAUGUCAAGAUUUCGUCAUAGCAAGUGCCAUUGCUACUUGGUAUUUCAAAAGAGACAAGUCUUCCAUGGGGUGUCCGAUACUGACAGGAAUAUGGAGAGUUAUGAGGUAUCAUAUGGGGUCCAUAGCUUUUGGGUCCUUCAUCAUCGCCUUGGUGCGUUUGGCUCGACUAAUUCUGGCGUAUAUUCAGUCCAGACUGAGGGAUAAGAGCGGUGCUGUUGUGGACUUUAUUCUCAAGGUGUUACAGUGCUGCCUUUGGUGUUUUGAGAAGUUCCUCGCAUACCUCAAUAGAAACGCCUAUAUUGAAAUAGCUAUCUUCGGACACUCUUUCUGUACUGGAGCCAAAAAAGCAUUCAUGUUGAUUUUGGAGAACGCUCUGAGAGUGGCCGCCAUCAACUCUAUCGGGGACUUCGUCCUCUUUCUGGGAAAGCUCAGCACUGUAGCAGUGGUCCUUGUCGUCGGCAACGAAUUCUUCCGAGGACAUGAAGAUGUCAAUUUUGCAUUUGUUCCCAUCACCGUUAGCUGCGUGGUUGCCUUUGCCAUAGCGCAUUGUUUUCUCCUUGUCUACGAGAUUACGAUCGACACAAUUUUCUUGUGUUUCUGCGAGGACUGUAGAGAAAAUGACGGGAUAAACAAACCAUAUUACAUGAGCAAAGACCUUCUGAUUUUCCUACAGAGUACAGAGAAAAUGAUGACCCUGAAAUGCACAGAGAAGACAGAAAAAAAGAAGAAAGGCAAACCAACAAAGGGAGAGACAGAUCUGGCUACUGUGUAAGGGAGAGAGGUGGUCUGGGAAAUAGCUCCAGUAUUAAGACUAACUGUGGAAAAGCAAACACAACAGAACUUUGUGACACAGAACCAUUUUUACUGCUUUAUUCUCCCAGCACA